AUGGCGCUAAACCACACUGCCCUGCCCCAGGAUGAGCACCUGCCACACUACCUUCAAGAAGGGGACCCCUUUGCUUCCAAACUUUCCUGGGAAGCGGAUCUAGUGGCUGGCUUUUACUUAACAAUAAUUGGGAUUCUGUCCACAUUUGGAAACGGGUAUGUCCUUUAUAUGUCUUCUAGACGAAAGAAGAAGCUGAGACCUGCGGAAAUAAUGACUAUCAAUUUAGCAAUCUGUGAUCUGGGCAUUUCAGUUGUAGGCAAACCGUUCACGAUCAUCUCUUGCUUCUGUCACCGCUGGGUGUUUGGCUGGAUUGGCUGCCGCUGGUAUGGAUGGGCUGGAUUUUUCUUUGGCUGUGGAAGUCUCAUCACCAUGACUGCUGUCAGCCUGGAUCGAUAUCUGAAAAUCUGCUAUUUAUCGUAUGGGGUUUGGCUGAAAAGAAAGCACGCCUACAUCUGCCUGGCAGUCAUCUGGGCUUAUGCUUCCUUCUGGACCACCAUGCCCUUGGUAGGUCUGGGAGACUACGCUCCUGAGCCCUUCGGAACCUCGUGCACGCUGGACUGGUGGCUGGCCCAGGCCUCCAUGGGUGGCCAGAUUUUCAUCCUGAACAUCCUCUUCUUCUGCCUCUUACUCCCAACGGCUGUGAUCGUGUUCUCCUAUGUGAAGAUCAUUGCCAAGGUUAAGUCCUCCUCUAAAGAAGUAGCUCAUUUCGACAGUCGGAUACAUAGCAGCCAUGUGCUGGAAAUGAAACUGACCAAGGUAGCAAUGCUGAUUUGUGCUGGCUUCCUGAUUGCCUGGAUUCCUUAUGCAGUGGUCUCUGUGUGGUCAGCUUUUGGAAGGCCAGACUCCAUCCCCAUACAACUCUCUGUGGUGCCAACCCUACUUGCAAAAUCAGCAGCAAUGUACAACCCCAUCAUUUACCAGGUCAUUGAUUACAAAUUUGCCUGUUGCCAAACUGGUGGUUUGAAAGCAACUAAGAAGAAAUCAUUGGAAGACUUCAGGCUGCACACUGUAACCACAGUCAGGAAGUCUUCUGCUGUGCUGGAAAUCCAUCAAGAGGUAUGA